AUGAGCAGCUACAUUGACUGGUCCAAGACCACAAAGUCCAAGGACUACCGUGGCUCCGGCUCCUUUUCUACCCUACUUAUUGUCGGGCCCACCUGUUUCUUCCUCGGUGUUCUCUUUGCCUCGUUCCCCUACGACUACCCGCUGCUCUGGAGCAAGGAUGUCGUGGCUCCCGAGUUCUACGACCAGCUCGAGACACAUCUCAAGUUCAUGCAUGCUGCGCCGCCUCUGAUUGGCCGCCUGCUCAACAUUAUGAUUAGCGUUGGCUUCCUCGGUCUCUUCAUCAAGCUCUUCCGCCCCAGCGAGGCCAACUUCCUGUUUGAUGGCGCCUCGCUCAUCCUCUACGUCAUUGGUGUUGCCGUCUAUGUCUCCAACAUUGUCACUGGUCUGCGCACCGUUAGCUCCGGUCUGUGGGAGAAGGACGAGUACCGCUUCACGCAUGCGACAGAGAACGACGGCGAGUUCUUGCUCGGCCGCGAGGACUCGCUGCGCGUGCUGGCUGCCAGCAACACCAUUCUUGCCUUGGUCUUGAUUGGUGUCCUGGUCCUGCAGGCCGGUCAGUGGUAUGCUGAGAAGCGCGAGUGGGAUGACACUGCGGAGGAGGCUGAGAAGAAGAAGAAGGACGGAUCCCCUGCUAGCAAGGCUACCAAGAAGAAGCAGUAA